AAGAGCCGCUGACAACAAAGCUUCUUGUUUGUUUAAUCAUUUCACACAUCUCUCUCUCUCUCUCUCUCUCUCUCUCUCUCUCUCUCUCUUAAUCAUCAUCAUCCUCAUAAUUCGUCAUCGCCAUUCAUUGCGCUCUCUGUCUCUCUCUCUCAUACUUUUGCAGCAGUGCAGCGCAGUGCAGUUGAUGAUCAUGAUGAUGAUUAUGCCCUCCUUCUAAUCUUCCCUUUCUUCUUUACUGCUGGCUUCUUUUUCUUAUCAUUCUUUUUUUCCUCUUAUUAGUUAAAUAAAGGGGUGAAAAUCCCAUCUCAAGACAGCACUAACUCAUAGGUAUUCUCUCUUUCUGGCUUUAUCUUUUCCAGUUGUCUACUACUCAUCCCUCCUUUUAACAUCACCUUCAUCUUUCACCAAACUUCUCUUGCUAUCCCUCUCUCAUCUUGUCUUUUCAAUUGCCCCAUUCCUCUCUCGUGGUAGUGUGUGAGUGAGACGGAGGGAGGAAAAGGGUAGGUUAGAGAAUCUCAGUUAAUUAUCACAGAUGAAUGGUGGUCUCCAACAAAUAUCGCUGUUACUAAAAUUUGCUAACUUUCCAGUGGAUUGAAAGUGGAGUCUGAUUUUAUCGAGAGAAGAUGCAGCAAGGAGGAGGGGUUCCUAUCCAACCCCAAUAUGGAGCACCAACAAGUGAGAUGACUCCUCCUGCAACUGCUGCACUUGGCACCCACAUGCUGCUGGCUGCAGGAACCGACCAAUCUCAACAGCAACAGCUUGUAGAAGAGGCCUCCCCCAUUAGCAGCCGACCUCCAGCCGCUGCUGGGAAUUUAGAUGAAUUUAUGAGGCUGUCAGGUAGCGGCGAUGAAGCAGAUCGAGCGGAAGGUGUUGCAAGCAGCAACAGGUGGCCUCGUCAAGAAACUCUAGCACUUAUUCAAAUUAGGUCUGAUAUGGAUGCUGCUUUUCGUGAAGCCACCGUCAAGGGUCCCCUCUGGGAAGAUGUUUCCAGGAAGCUGGCGGAGCUGGGAUACAAGAGAAGUGCCAAGAAAUGCAGAGAAAAAUUUGAGAACGUGGACAAGUAUUACAAGCGAACCAAGGAAGGACGAGCUGGUCGUCAAGAUGGGAAAAGCUACAGGUUUUUCAGCCAACUGGAGGCUCUACAUAACUCCAGCAGUAACACUUCAACUACAACACUCAAUCUUGUCACAGCUUCUCAACCAAUAGCUACCACCAUAACUACCCUAGAUGUUGCUCCUGUUUCCAUUGGGAUCCCUAUGCCUGUCUUAUCCGUUAGACUUCCACCUUCAACUGUCGGCAUGUCUUCCUCAUCCACCAUGUUUCCUCCAGAUUUGACCGUAACCAUGGCGCCUGCUGUUGCUGCACCACCUCGGCCGUCAGCAGGAAUCAGCUUCUCCUCCACUUCAAAUGGCUCUUCUUCUUCUGCCAGCUCUCAAGAGGAUGAUGAGGAUGAUUAUGAUGAUGAUAAGCCAUCCAACAUUGCCGCAGGUCCAAGCCGCAAACGUAAAAGGCAUUCUUCUAAAGGAGGCACUCGCCGAAUGAUGGAGUCUUUUGAGGGUCUCAUGAAACAUGUUAUGCAAAAGCAAGAGGCCAUGCAGCAGAGAUUCCUGGAGGCCAUAGAGAAGAGAGAACAUGACCGGAUGAUAAGGGAGGAAGCCUGGAAAAGACAAGAAAUUGCCAGACAGAACCGCGAGCAAGAGCUUGUGGCUCAAGAGCGGGCCAGUUAUGCUUCUAGAGAUGCUGCAAUAAUUGCCUUUCUACAGAAAAUUACUGGCCAAACCAUCCAAUUGCCUUCACCUGUAACAAUUGCAGCAGUCCCACAACCAGCACCCCCACCACAACCGCAACCUGUGUCAUUGGCACCCGUAGUCACUGUCUCAAUCCAACAGCCACCAGCCCCACAACCGCAAGCGCAACCACACUCAGCAGCAUUGCCCCAGCAAUAUGAACAACAGCAGCACCAACAAGUUCAUCAUCAGCAAUCAUCUAUUUCCUCGGAAGUAGCAAUGACAGUCGUCCCAGAACAAGAGGUACCACCGCAGGAAAUUGGCAAUAUUGGGAGCCUUGAACCUACCUCCUCAAGAUGGCCAAAAGCAGAAGUACUAGCACUUAUAAAGUUGAGGAGUGGGCUUGAUUCCAGAUAUCAAGAGGCGGGGCCCAAGGGCCCACUUUGGGAAGAAAUCUCCGCUGGGAUGCAUCGGAUGGGUUACAAGAGGAGUUCCAAGAGAUGCAAGGAAAAAUGGGAGAACAUCAACAAGUACUUCAAGAAGGUCAAGGAAAGUAAUAAGAAACGCCCUGAAGAUGCCAAGACCUGCCCCUAUUUUCACGAACUAGAUGCACUUUACAGAAAAAAGAUACUUGGCAGCAGUAGCGGAGGUGGUGGCGGUUAUAGCACUACCAGUAGUGGCUUUGCCAACCUGAAUAGGCCAGAAGAACAGCAGCAGCAGGAAAGCAUGACAUCGGAUCCGCUUCCACCUACAAAGCCCGAAAGUAGGAGUGAGGUCUCGGCCACGGUGCUGGCACAAACCUCUGAGUCACAAACUAAAAUAGGGGGUGGUGCAGAUGUCAAUACUGUUUUGCCUGGAAGCCUCUUUGGAGAAGGAAAUGGAGGAUCAGCACAGAAGCCAGAAGACAUCGUGAAAGAGUUUAUAAAACUGCAGGGGAUGCAAAGACAACAGCAAAAACAGUUGAUGUUGCAUGAAUGCGAGAAAAUGGACGAAGGUGAUGAUAGCGAUAACACUGAGGAUGAUGAAGAUGGUGUCGAAGUCGUUGGUGGCAAUGAAGAGGAUGACGACGACGACGAUGGUGAUGAAUAUGAUGAACGGCCGCAAGAAGAGAGGAAGAUGGCUUACAAGAUAGAAUUUCAGAGGCAGAACACAAACGCCUCUAGAUCUAAUGGGGGAGAAAACGGAACACCCACUUUUUUGGCCAUGGUUUAGUAGUCUCAGCAACAUCCUUAGGUUCCCAAAACGUACCAUACAUACCUAAAUAUGUUCAGAAGCUCAAACAAUAUAUCUAACACUGAGUUGAAACCCUGACAACCUUAAUUCUUCACUUUGAGUUACAUUUUCCUUCCCUUCCCUUCCCUUCCAUUUCUUAUUGUCCAGAAAAUUUCAUUGUCAUCCUCGUUCUGUUAUCCCUUAUUUUUCCCUUAAUCUUCUUCACAAAACACUUUUCGUUAAGAUGGGAAUCACUUAUUUCAAUUUAUUUAUUAAUUUGUUGUUGAAUAAAGGAUCGUUUCAAGGUAAAACGGGAGGAUUGAUUCAAGGAAGACCAAAUAAAGCUUGCCUAGCAUAUUCAUCAUCAUCAUUAUGAGACUGAAAAGGGCAAAGAAGCCAAGACAGCAAGAGAGGGAAUGGCAGAGAAAUGCAAAUGAUCCAUGCUAGUGGAUGUUUGGGUACGUCUUUGAUAUGGGUUACUUCAAUUUAUAUCUUGCUUGAAAAUAAUAUAGUUUCAGUGAGCUGGAAUCUAAUUAAUUUUCUUCGUUUAGAAUUGUAAUAUCAAACUCAUUCAUCUCA